AUGUCUAAGCGAGGUCGUGGAGGAACCGCUGGAGCGAAGUUUCGCAUUUCCCUCGGUCUGCCAGUGGGCGCCGUGAUGAACUGUGCUGACAACACUGGAGCCAAGAACCUGUUCGUCAUUGCAGUCAACGGAAUCAAGGGCCGACUGAACCGUCUUCCUGCUGCCGGAUGUGGUGACAUGUUUGUCGCCACCGUGAAGAAGGGCAAGCCCGAGCUGCGCAAGAAGGUGAUGCCGGCGGUCGUCAUCCGACAGCGCAAGCCAUUCCGCAGGAAGGACGGUGUUUUCAUCUACUUCGAGGACAACGCCGGCGUCAUCGUCAACAACAAGGGCGAAAUGAAGGGCUCUGCCAUCACCGGACCCGUCGCCAAGGAGUGCGCUGACAUCUGGCCCAAGAUUGCCUCGAACGCAAGCAGCAUCCAGUAA